AUCUCUUCUUUCGAGAGGUCGACCCGCAAACCCACUGGUACCGAGCUCAGCGCCAUCAGCGUGGCUGCUUUCCAAUACGAAACCUUUGUCUCUCAUCUGGAUCCAGGCAGCAACGUGUCACGCUUUUGUGCUGGCGAAUGGCUUGCCGAUAUCUUGUGCCUAAUCCCCAUUCAGAUCGCUGUAGCAAGAGAGAACAGAUUCAUCCCUAUCAAGGAUGGCGUAUUCUCCAACAAUCUUGAACGCUCGCUUCUCGGUGCAGAUGUCCCAAGGAUCAUCAACAGCUUAUCUUUUGGUUGGUAUGAGAGUCUGUUCCAGUCAUACAUGGCUCACAAGCCGGUGAAAGUCGUGUCCUCGAUGGGCGAGCAAUCGGUCGGCAAGAGUUUUGCUUUAAAUCAUCUUGUGGACACGUCCUUUGCUGGAUCUGCAAUGCGCACAACGGAAGGUGUCUGGAUGUCAGUUGCUCCGCUGGAUGACUCGAUCAUAGUUGCACUCGAUUUCGAGGGUGUGCACAGUAUCGAGCGAUCAGCGCAGGAAGAUACACUUCUUGUGCUAUUUAAUACCGCCAUUUCUAACUUGGUCCUGUUUCGUAAUAACUUCGCACUAUCAAGAGACAUUACUGGUCUUUUCAAGUCUUUCCAAUCGUCAUCGUCUGUUCUUGACCCCACUGCGAACCCUACGUUGUUUCGUUCAACCCUCGUGAUCAUCAUCAAGGCAUGUGACGUGGUUGAAUCAGACACGAACGAGAUCGUGAAAGAAUUCAAGCUUAAAUUCCAGCAGAUCGUGCAGCAAGAGCAAGGGUCAAAUUUCAUCAGUCAAUUGCACGGCGGGAAGUUAGCCAUUGUCCCAUGGCCGGUAAUCGAAUCCCGUCAAUUCUACACCUUGUUUAAUAGCAUGAAACGCCAACUCGACAAGCAAGAAUUAACGCAUUCUGGCGGAAGCGUCUUCCUACAAACUCUGAAAACUCUAAUGGCUAAAUUGAAGGCGAAUGAUUGGGGAGCUUUAUCUCAGACCAUGGCUGCACACCGCGCACAACUCCUACUUGCCUUGCUUCCGAGAGCCCUUGCAUUGGGCGCAACAGAGAUUGUCCCUGAACGUGAACCACUGAAGGAUUUCGACACCAACAUUGUCGUAGCGAAGCCCGACACAUCCGCUCGCUUCUUUUUAUCAGAACUCUCACAUGAAGAGGGUGCACCUGGACGAGAUAAUGCCCUUGCUACCGUUGUUCGAUCCUGGGAUCAGUUUUCGGAGCGUACUACGGUACAGGAAGAGCCAUGGAUUGGAGAGCUGACGAAAUUCGUGGACCACGUCGUUCAGUUGCGAAUCGAAGCGGUUGAGGAGUGGUUGUCGAUGAAUACAGCGCGCUAU